UUGCAAACUCAUAGCCAAACUCACAACAAAACAUGACAAGCCUGUCGAGGUUUAGUGGCUGCCCUCUCUCUUGCGUCAACCCCGGGGAGAGCAAUACUGAACCCAGCGUGGUGCUGCCACCUUUGGCAGGAGAGCACAUGGGGCACCCCACUGGCAGUUCCUUAAAACUCUGCCCCUCGCACAAUUUGCGAGACUACCCCGAGACGAGGUCCAGUGCAUAUGUUGACCAUUCGGUUCCCCAUUUUUCAGACUCUGGAUACCCCAGCCACCGGUUAGAGCACAGCCCUAGGGGCAUUAUCAUUGGAGCCAAUCUUUCUGGAGCCGGCAUGCCACCCGUCACUGAUCAACUGGCAUCAAGACCUAACCAACAUGGCGGGAUUGGGAGGUAUCGUGACUUUCCUGGCUGCAGAGACAGCAGAAGCCAUGCUUUUUUCACAACUUAUCAGGAGCAGGCCCAUGGCUCCUCCGACGCAAAUCUCGGCAGUCAGAUGAUGUUGGGUCUACCUGGGGACCUCCUCACUCGGACUCACCCUUAUGGCCAAACUAUCAGCCCAAGGGGAAACAGCCAGCAGCUUGUCACCCAAUUCCUGGGUCUGUACAAACCUCUGAACAUGGCAAUUCAGCGUGGAGGAGGCGACGCUUUCCUCAGGUGCUCCAAACAAAAUGUGAAGCACGAGCUGGUGUGCAAGUGGAGUGACGGCCAAGAGGGGGCUGGGAAGCUGCCCUGCUCCAGAGCCUUCGGGACCAUGUAUGAACUUGUCACCCAUGUGACAGUGGAGCAUGUCGGAGGACCAGAGCACUCUGAAUAUGUGUGUCACUGGGAGAAUUGUCAGAGGGACAGAAAGCCUUUUAAAGCUAAAUACAAGCUGGUGAACCACGUCAGAGUCCACACAGGGGAAAAGCCCUUUCCCUGCCCCUUCCACGGCUGUGAGAAAGUUUUUGCAAGAUCAGAAAAUCUUAAAAUCCACAAGAGGACUCACACAGGUGAAAAACCUUUUAAAUGCGAGUUCGAGGGCUGCAACCGGAGGUUUGCGAACAGCAGCGACCGAAAGAAGCAUUCUCACGUGCACUCCAGUGAUAAACCCUACAUGUGCAAAGUCAGGGGCUGCGACAAGUGUUACACCCACCCGAGUUCCCUGCGAAAGCACAUGAAGCUGCAUUGCAACAAGGCCCAUGUCGCCAAAAGCGGUGAUGUGCGCCCUGGCGACGGGGAGCACCUUGCAGAGGCCAGGUCACCCCAGGUCCCGGAUGGAGCCCAGCCCAGCCCCUCGCAGCCCCCCACCUCGACUCAAGAUGUCCCCAUGUCCCCAGAGAGUCGAGACGAGUCAACCCUGAGGUCACGUUUCCAUCACACGUUUGACAACAGUUUGGACUACUCGACACACAGGUCACAGCCCCUCUUGGACCCCUUGUUGAUACAGAGAGGCAGCUACAGGUCCCAGUCCUCCCAGUACCCCUGCGGCCAGACAGGCCACACUUUUGCCCAGAGUUCAAGGACUUUUUCCUCAACCUCCCCCUUUCAGAAAAGUCUUGUUAAUGGGUGGUACACAUGCCACAGCGGCGUUGACUCUUUCUCACCAAAGCAAUGUAAUAACAUACAAUCUAUUUGAGUUCCUAUUAGGCCCCGUGAUGGCGGCUUACAGUUUUUUUCGGCCUAUUUUUUCAUGUCACAUAGCCUACAACUUACAUGUAUUACAUAUUGGUCUCUGUAUUUUUGUGGAUGUGGUAUGAAAUGAUUUGUGACAUGUCAUGGGUCAUCCUACUGAAAUUUUGCAUUGCGAAAUGUGGUGAGCUUUAUCUGUUGUAUGUGAGGCCUGUUUGGAGGGGUUUGGGUCUUAGCCUAUAUCCAAACCGAUUUUCCCAUAAUGGGUCAUUAGUAACUACUUAAAAUCUGUACAGGCUGUUUGCCGUAUUGCAUAACUAUCAUAGAUAUCUUAAGUGAGAAAAGAAAUUACGAAGUUUUUUUUUUUUUUUUUUUAAAUGAAAAUUUGUGUGUUGAGUCCUCUGCAUAAACAAAUUACAGCAACAGAACCUAUAGGCUAUUAUUGAAAAGUAAAACGACAGUCUUUUGCUGAAUGUAGCCCUCAGUGUAGGGGUCGUUGUUGAAUGUAAAGUAGGUGUAAUGUAUCGCGGGGAAUUAUAGAAAUAUUACUCAUGUCUUUAUGUACUUUGUCGGAAGAUGAAAUAAAUACUCGGAAUAUUUUUUGCCACGUUUGAUUUGCGGACCUUUAGCAGGCCUACAUGACAUAAGGCACGAGUUGUCUGUAAUUUAAAAAUAAUAAAACUGCUAGGCUGAUAAGCAUCUUAUUCAUUUGUAGAUAUUUUAGGCAUGAGAUGAAAGUGAUUAGGCCAUGAAGAUUUCCAUGGGUCUUUUUUUUCCCCUGGUUAGUUAGGCUACUUCUCCACUCUUCACCCCUCUCCUUUCAUUACACAUUCGUAUUCUUGUUUGUAUAAUAUGUAUAUUUCACACUUGUGUGUAAAAUAAGCAAGUUUUAUUGGGGAUCAGUGUGAGCAUAAACCACAGUGUUCGUGAUGCUAUUAAAAACGUGUA